GCGUCUUAACACGAUCUUUGUUGCUAGGAGACCAGAAGCAUCAUUCCGCUGGAGAGACGGGGUCUGGCGAAUAGCUCCGACACUCUCUUGCCCCAGAGCUGAGCUCUACGGUUCUGCUUCCCCCCUUCGGUAGUGCCAGGGGCAGUUCCAGAAGGCGCCUUUCCAGGGGUUUCCCUUCUGUCCUCUCUGACGUGAGCGGAGGCUCCUUACCCAGAUCCAAUCCCCCCACCCCCACCCUGAGCCAUGCCUAAGAAGGGGAAGAAGGCCAAGACGUCCCUGUCCAAUGAGGAGCAGCUGCUUCUGUUUCAGCAGAAGUUGCUAGCCGAGGAGGAGAUGGCCAAGAAGAAAGAAAGGCUCCUCAGCCAGUUCUUGAAGGACAAGCUGGCCAAGGAGGAACAAAACAGUGCCCUGAACCUUAAUAAGAUUAACAUGCAGUGGAGAACUGUCCUCCGGGAAAUCAAGACCAGAGAGCUUCACAAGGACAUCGAGAUCCUCAGCCAAACAUUUGAGCGAGUGAUGGACUGCAAGGACAAUGUCAUCAAGUCUUUAGCUAAGGACCUGGCCGAGGCGGAGGAGCAGUACGCCCAUGCCCUGCGCAGCCAUCUGCACAAUGUCGACCAGCUCUUGGCCCUGCAGAGGCGCCGGCUCAGCCUCCUGGAAGAAAGUUACAACAUGGAGCUGGAGGCCCUAACCAUGGAGUUUGAAACUGAAAGGAAGACAAUUACUGACCAACACGAGAAAGAGAUUCACUACCUACAAGAUGUCUUCAUGGCCAUGGAGCAGAACUACAUAGAUUCUGAGUAUGAAAGCAAGCUGGAGUUCCAGAGCAUGUGGGAUGAUCUCAAAAACAAGAAUUUAGAAGAGAAGCACUUUCUACGACUACAACUGGAGAAUAUAGUAGAAGAUCUGUGUAAGAGGUUCCAGGAGGCACUCAAGAGAUACACUGAUGCCACAGAGGACAGGAAGAUUGCCUUUGAGACCCUGAAGGUGAAGGAUGAGAAGAGCUCCAAAGAGAUUGAAGCACAGAUGAAAACAAUACAGAAAUUACAGGAGGCCAUAGCUGUUUCAAAAGGCAAGAUCAUGCUACACAGCCGAGAAAGCGAGGAUCAGAACCAGUAUAUCCGCAACGACAAGGAGCUGGUCCUUAUACAGCUGCGAAAACUUAAGGCCCAAAGGAGUCAGGCCUGGGGAACAUCCCAGGAGAACUUAGUCAAACUCACCCGGGAAAGUAAUGCCGCCCUCAAGGCGCUGAGAAAAGUCGUUGAUAAGGGUGAAAGGAUCCUUAAACUUGCUGAACUAUGUAGGAAAUUAGAAACUGAGGAAGAGAAAGUGCUGCCUUUCUACUCAUCAGUCUUGACUUCUGAGGAGCAGGAGAUUGAGUUGCAGAAUGGAGGCAAAGAGCUCACCGAAGAGCUUGCAAAGGUGAUGGUGAACUACAGUGCGAUGGAGAAUUUCUGGAAAAGGUACAAUAAAGUGAAACUGGAGCAACUGAGCCUCCAGCACAGACGAGCCCAGCUGUUAGAAAUCAACAGGAAGCUUCGGGAGAUGCUCAAGCAGUACUUGGAUGGCAUCUCAGUGAGUGAUGAAGUGCUGAGCCAGCUCAACCCACUGUUCAUAGUCAACCAUCGGAGUAACUUACCUCAGCCCUUGUCCACACCAGCAGCCCAGCCAGGUGACAGGCAACCUCCAACCCCUUGCAACAUUGUUGAAGCAGCCCAUGGGAUCUCCCACACCCUGUGACACAAAUGGAAGCCUCUUUCCAAUCCCAAGAUUUUGUUUUUUGGGAGACCUAAGUGAUUUGCUAUUAAAAUCUUCACAGAAUUUA